AUGGAUGAUGUAAUUCAAACAUAUAAAGAAAAUCUAAAAGAGAUACACAGGAUCAAGGAUGAAAUAAAAACCAUGCUUUUUCUUGAAGAUGAUUUGGAGUGCUUAGAUAACUUUUUGUCGGUAUGCUGUGUAAUUACAUCACUGAAUGAGGGAAGGAAAGUGGAGGAUAUAGAAGAGCUCCCACAUGCUAUGGAAAUCGAAAUGAUAAUCACUAUAGGAAGAUCACUGGCCUCAGAGGAAAGAAAAGACCUUAUUUCAAAACUCGAAAAGAUUAAAGCUACUACUGUUGAGGUAGACAAAACCAAGAACAUUUUCAGGACUAGAUUCAGAUAUCUCCAGAGCCUGCUAGGCGAUGAACUUCUCUUCAAGCUUCUUGUGGAAACAGGAAGUCUUUUUCUCUUAACAAAGGCAAUUCCAUCAGAAGUAAUGAAGUACGGCAUUAAUACGUAUGGGUCACCAUUACUAUCUCAGCAUCCAUUAGUUACCAAGGCAUCACCAAAAAACCAAGAAAAGCUUCUCAGGAAGCUUUGCUGCAAGGUUACAAUUGCAGCCAAGCUGGAUUUCUGCGAAAGUAACUUUGAAAUAGAUUUUUCUGAACAAAUGGAAAGGAUUUUCAACAAUCUUGAGAACAAUACAAAGCAAGAGGGAUCUAUUCUGAAGGUGCCACUUGCAAGAAAGGAAACAAGGCGUGGUGGGAUAAAGGCAAGACGAAAGAGAAGCGGGUCUUUGCCACAGAAAAAAAGAAGGUUUUUGAAACUUGAUCCCAAUGGAGACGAUGAGUCAUGA